AUGAUUAUCCCUGUUAAUCCUACGAAACCAUUCUCUAAAUUUUCUCCAGAUGAAACAUAUUCCGUUUCUUCACUUCAUGAAAAUCCUCGUGUAGCCAAUGGCCUUAUCUCACCAAGUAAAUCACUUUUUAUUGAAAUCUCAAAUUUUUCUCAUGAUUCUAUCGAGGUUCAUCCUCAACAAAAACUAGCCGUUAUGGAACUAUUGACUCAACAUCAAUUGAACAGCCUAUCAAGAUUAUCUCAUACACCUCCUCCUAUU